UUCAAAUCUCCAGAGAGAUGGGAUUCUAUACAGAUACGUUUUCUAUGGAGAUAUCUCGACAAAGGCAGCUCAGAUGCUCUCCUUACUUAAGCCUAGGCUUGGUCACCGUUUAAUUCCGGGUCUGAUUUUGUUUUCAAGAGCUGAUUCAAAAGGAAUUUAUGGGUAUGUGGAAUCAGAAUUAAAAAGAUAGGUUCCUCUUCAAGGAUGUUGGGUUUAUUUUGCAGACUUGGCUUGGUCACUGUUUAAUCUCGGUUCUGAUUUUGUAAGGUUCAUCCAUCUCAAUGUAGCUACUUGGCACACGAACUCAUUGUUUGGUAUCAGGGACAAGAAGUUUCAAUGGUUUCUGGGUUAGGUGAAGGCACAUCCCAUAGAGCUCAUUGCCAGCUAGGUUCUCCCAUUACAGAGGUUAUUCUUAAUAUUCAUCCCACUGGAUUGUAAAUUCCUGUUUGAGCUUUCCGGUCUCCACAUGCGCGCUACUAUAACAAUGUCUUCCAUGGCUGUAAUGACCAAACUGAUAUUGGUGUAUAGACGACGUAACGGUAACAUGCUGCUGAAUGGUUAAGGGAUUUCUCAUCAGCCACGAACAUGAUUAGGUGCAUUUAUCAGUUCUAGAUGCUCAUAGUGAGUCUUCCUUGAAUAAUAUUGUGGAGGGUUCAAGAACUGUUGGUAAACAAGUCAAUGUACUUUUAGUGUUUUAGCAUCAUGUUUUAGUCUUUACAACAUAAUUUUUAAACACAGUUUGGUUAUGAGUUGGCUUUUUCUGUUUGGUUACAUAUUUUAAGUGCAUUCAUAUGGUGUCCAUAUGACUCGAUGUCCAUAACACUCAGGCCCAUCUAAGCUCUGCCAUUACAAAGGUGGAUAUAUUCAGCGAUGAUGGGGUUCGUACGAUGGAAUACAUUGAUCAACUCCAAGGGCGAGGCUUUGUGCCAAAACUGUCACUUUACAACUAGUCCCACUUCAAUUAUAAAAUAUUUCAAAUUCGUCUAUUUUUGUACUUUAUUUAUACGUUGGUAUGUUUCUAACUACAGGUGUAUGUACGUAACGUGCAGAAUGGUUCAAGGUUUUCUCAUUCGCCAGAUCUUGAUUGAGGUGAUACUGGGAACAAGAGCUCAAAGUAAUGAAAAGCUUCAUUAAUUUCUGGAUGAGGUGAAGGCACAAACCCAAAGAGCUGAAGGUUGUUGAAGCUCAUUGCCAUCUAGCUCUACCAUUACAAAGGUGCAUAUAUUCAGAGGUGAUGCAGUCUUAUGGUGAAAUUUAUUUGAUCAACUUCGGCGUCAAGGCUUUGAGGGUUACAGUGGUGUGUCUACCUAACAUGUGGGAUGGUUCAAGGUUUUUCCAGUCGCCAAAUUUUGAUUGAGGUGCAUUUUCAAUGGAAAUGAGUAACUGUUGGAAGAUUUAGUUUAAUCUGCUCAAGAAGGUGUUUUCGUAAAUGUUAUUUACUUUUAUGGUGGAAGCUUCAAGAAUUUCUGGUAAGUGGCGGGUCGAUGUACUGCUGCGUAUCAACUAUCAGGUGCAUCCACAGGGAACAAGAACUCUAAGUAACGAGAAGCUUCAAUGGUUUCUAGAUGAAAUGAAGGCACAUCCCAAAAGAGCCGAAGCUUGUCAGAGCUUAUCGCCAACUAGACUCUACUUAUCGCCAACUAGACUCUACUAUUACCAAGGACUGUUGCGCUCUACAUAUGUGUGUAUGUUUUGUUUAUUCCAGGUGGAUAUAUACAGAUAUGCUGCAGGUUUUAUGGUGGAAUACAGAUAUGAUGAAAUCCAGCGUCAAGGCGCAAUCAGGGAUCUGUGACAGGAAAUCAGAAUUUAAACAUCUUGUUUGGUCAAGGAGAUUUGUCCUACUUUUCCAUGAACUAUCAAUGACUGGUGCUCCAAUUUCAAAUGGGUGACUUUACAAGACUUACCGUUUCAACAUCGCAUUUGCUUCAGAGAGUCGCAAUUUCUACUGUGGUCAAUAUAUGUAGGAAGCUUCCAUCUGAGUCUCCCUCGCCUUUCAUGGAUGCUGUUCCUAUAUUAUGUAAUAUUCUUCAAUACGAAGAUCGACAGUUGGUUGAGAAUGUGGCUAUUUGCUUGACAAAAAUAGCAGAUCAAGUUAGUGAGUCACCUGCAAUGUUGGAUCAACUGUGUCGUCAUGGACUAAUUCAUCAAUCAACACAUCUCUUAAACUUGAAUAGCCGCACUACCCUGUCUCAACCUGUUUACAAUGGUGUGAUUGGAUUGCUGAGAAAACUUUCUUCUGGUUCAACUUUAGCUUUCAGAACGUUAUACGAACUUAACAUUGGCUACAGAUUAAAAGAAAUCAUGUCAACGUAUGACAUUUCUCAUUCAGUGUCUUCUACACAUGUUAUCAAUGCAUGCUCCUCCAAUCAGGUGCAUGAAGUCUUGAAGUUGGUAAUUGAGCUUCUUCCAGCUUCAUCCGUUGAGGAUAAUCAGCUGGCAUUGGAAAAGGAAAGUUUUCUUGUCAAUCAGCCUGAUCUUUUGCAACAAUUUGGAACUGACAUGGUUCCUGUUAUGAUUCAGGUGCUAAACUCUGGAGCUACCGUAUAUGUUUCUUAUGGUUGCCUAUCAGCAAUUCACAAGCUGACUUGCUUGAGUAAGUCAGGCGAUCUUGUCAAGUUGCUUAAGAACGCCAACAUUUCAAGUGUUUUGGCUGGUAUCUUGUCGAGGAAGGAUCAUCAUGUGGUUGUAGUAGCAUUGCAGCUGGCAGAAGUGCUUCUUGAGAAAUACAGUGAUACUUUUUUGAAUUCCUUUAUUAAGGAAGGUGUUUUUUUCGCUAUUGAAGCACUUUUAAAUUCUGAUAGAGCGCAACAAAAUCCGGUAUCUGGUUUCAUUCAGGGAUCAUCUGACCUUUCACAAAAGCCUGCUACGAAAGAGAUUGUGAAAUGCUUGUGCCAAUCCUUUGGAAAAUCACUAUCCUCUUCUUUACAAACAUGUAAGAUUGACACUGAUACUGUCAACAUUCUUGCAACACGUAUCAAGGAGAGUUUCUUUGGACCUGAGGUAUUCAACUCUGAGAAAGGCUUGACAGAUGUCCUUCAAGACCUCAAGGUAUUGUCGGAAGCACUUAGCGCUUUGAUGACUGUACCCAUUGAUGCACAUGUCCUGCAUGAUGAGAAAUUCUUCUCAAUAUGGAACCAAAUCAGGGAAAGGCUGAAUGGAAGGGAAUCUGUGUCCACUUUUGAAUUUACAGAGAGUGGAGUUGUAAAGUCACUGGCUGAUUAUCUCUCUAAUGGACUCUAUCAACGGAAACUUAGCAAAGGGGAUCCUGAAUGUGAUACUUUACCGUUUGUUGGUAAGAGAUUUGAGGUGUUCACAAGAUUACUUUGGUCUGAUGGUGAGGCAACUCCAUCCGUGUUAAUAGAGAAGCUCCAAAAUUCCUUAUCUUCUCUGGAAAACUUCCCAAUCGUCUUAAGUCAAUUCUUGAAGCAAAGGAACUCAUUUGCAGCUAUUCCGAAUGGGCGUUGCACAACUUAUCCAUGCCUAAGAGUUCGUUUUCAGAAAGCAGAGGGGGAGACGACUUUGCGUGAUUACUCCCAAGACUUUGUUACUGUUGACCCACUGUGCUAUUUCGAUGCUGUCAAUCAAUACAUGUGGCCUAAAGUGAAUUUAGAACCAGUAGAGUCUGUGGAAGCAAAAGAUCAAGCUAUAGAAUGCCAAUCUUCUCAGUUGCAGUCAACUUCAAUAUCUUGUCAAGGUGAAAGCUCAAGUCCUAUGGAGAUUGACAGUGCACCUUCUGAUGCACCUCAGUUUCAGGGAUCUCAAGUGGAAGAUCAGAUGCAGCUUCCAGUGCUGUCUAGUGGUUCAGAACAACAAAAAGCUUCCUCCUCUGAAAAGGAGGAUGCGCUGCCUAGACUUUUGUUUCGUCUCGAAGGGCUUGAACUAGACCGCUCUUUGACUGUAUACCAGGCUAUUCUCUUGCACAAACUUAAAUCAGAAAGUGAAACUACCAACGGUUCAAAGCUUAGUGGACCCCACUACAUCACUUAUGAAAGGGCUGCACAACUUGGGGAUUCUAGUAAAAAUCUGGUUCCACCCGAAUCUAUAGAAGACGACGAGUAUCGCUCGUUCUUAUCCUACUUGUUUUACCAUAGACUAGCUUUGCGCCUCAAGGGGUCAAGUCCUCCUGCCUAUGACAUAUUGUUCCUGCUUAAGAGUCUGGAGGGCAUGAACAGAUAUCUUUUUCACCUGAUUUCUCUUGGGAGGAUUACUGCUUUUGGCGAAGGUAGGCUGGAGAAUUUGGAUGAUCUGAUGGUGCUAGUUCGUCCUGUGGCACAUUCUGAAUUUGUUAGCAGUAAGCUUACAGAGAAGUUAGAGCAGCAGCUUCGUGAUUCUUUUGCUGUGUCAACUUGCGGUCUGCCACCAUGGUUUAAUGAUCUAAUGGAUUCAUGUCCAUUUCUGUUUAGUUUUGAAGUCAAAUCAAAAUACUUCCGACUUGCAGCCUUUGGUUCACAGAAAAUCCACCAUCACCCACAGCACCUUAGCAAUUCAAAUGGUGAAGGGCGCCCAGUAACUGGCAGUUUACCGCGUAAAAAGUUCUUAGCUUGCCGUGAAAAAAUUCUAGAGUCUGCUGCAAAAAUGAUGGAGUUAUACGGCAACCAGAAGGUGGUCAUUGAGGUUGAAUACAGUGAAGAAGUCGGAACUGGUCUUGGGCCAACGCUGGAGUUCUAUACGCUAGUCAGUAGGGCAUUUCAAAAUCCGGAACUUGGUAUGUGGAGGAGUGAUUGUAGUUCCUUGGUUGGAAAGCCAAGCGAACACUCAGGGGUUUUGGCCUCUCCUUCAGGACUCUUUCCACGCCCUUGGUCAGGUACAUCAGCUGCUUCUUCAGAUGUGCUGCAGAAAUUUGUUCUACUGGGGACAGUGGUAGCAAAGGCUCUACAAGAUGGACGAGUCUUAGACCUUCCUUUUUCCAAAGCCUUCUAUAAACUAAUCCUCGGACAGGAGUUGAGUUCAUUUGACAUCCACUUUGUUGACCCUGCACUUUGUAAAACACUGGUGGAAUUGCAAGCUCUGGCCCGUAGGAGAAAGGUUUUCGCAGAAGCACAGGGUAAUUCUCGAGCAGCCAAGUGUGAUUUAAGUUUCCAUGGAACAAAAAUUGAGGACCUUUGUCUUGAAUUUGCGUUGCCUGGCUACACGGACUAUGAUCUCGCUCCCCAUUCUGAUAAUGAUAUGGUAAAUUUGGAUAACCUCGAGGAAUAUAUCAAGGCUAUUGUCAAUGCCACAGUAUAUAGUGGGAUCCAAAAACAGGUUGAAGCAUUUCGGUCUGGAUUUAACCAAGUUUUCCCUAUUGAACAUCUUCGGAUUUUCGAUGAAGAGGAGCUGGAAACAAUGUUGUGUGGAGAACGCGAUCUUUUUAAUAUGAAUGAAGUCUUGGAUCACAUCAAGUUUGAUCAUGGAUAUACUUCUAGCAGCCCACCAGUUGAAAAUUUAUUGGAGAUUCUGCAUGAGUUUGACAAGGAGCAACAACGAGCGUUUCUGCAAUUCGUAACAGGAUCUCCCCGGCUACCUCAUGGCGGUUUAGCAUCUCUCAAUCCUAAACUAACAAUUGUCCGCAAGCAUGGUAGCGAUUCUUCAGAGACUGACCUGCCUAGUGUGAUGACAUGCGCCAAUUAUCUGAAGCUUCCACCUUAUUCUUCCAAAGAGAAGAUGAAGGAGAAACUGAUGUAUGCCAUAACUGAAGGUCAAGGUUCCUUCCAUCUCUCUUAA